AUGUCUCUUAUCACUCAACAGGAAAAGUGGAAACGUUGCUUUGGAAAAAAUUCAUUCAUUGCCACAAUAAACUCAGUUGAAAAUGUAGAUGAGUUAUUUGAUUUUGUUGCUCGUUCAAAACCUGACUUACAACAACUGAUUGUAUCUAUGAUACAGGCAGACCACAUCCCUGAUAUUUCAGGGAUUACUACAUUAACAUUUAUAGACUUUAGUUUUAAUACAAUUAAAGAUGUUAGUCCUCUUCUUGGAUGUCCUUUAUUACAAACACUUGUUCUUGCACAUAAUAAUAUUGAAAGUAUUGAUUCUUUAACAUCUUUAAAUGCUCUUAAUGCUCUUGACAUUAGUUUUAAUUCAAUUAAAGAAAUAACUACACCACCUCAUUUAGGUUCUUUAAAAGCAUCUAAUAAUCCACUAGAGCACUUGAACGUUAAUAGCUCUUUACGUAUAUUAACUAUUGAUGGUUGUCCUUUAAGGAGUCUUGAAUUAAGUCUUAAUUCAUUAGACAUAAUAAGUAUUUCUAGAUGUUCAUUUGAUUCUUUUAAUUUAAACUGUGAAAAUCUUCAAAGUAUAGUUGCAGAGUCAACACAGUUUAAUAACCAAAUUAUUGUUCAAAUACCUCAAUUAUGUAAUUUAACUAUGAACCAGUCAGCACUAGACUCCAUUGUUAAAGUGUUAUCACAAGUUACUACAUUAACAUCAAUCACAUUAGGACGGUGUAACUUAAAAGAAAUACCAAAAGAAAUAUAUACUCAAACUAAUCUUGCUCGUCUUGUUCUUUUUAGUAACCCAAUCACUAAAAUCUCAGAGGAAAUUGUUUCAUUAAUUCAUUUAACAUAUAUCGAUAUGUCAGAUUGUUUAGUAGAAGAAUGUCCUUCAUUGACUAACCUUAACCAAUUGGAACAAUUUCGAAUUUCUUAUGAUGAAGUUAUUACAACACCAAAAUACUAUGAGUCAAAGUUACCGAAACAAUGUCAAUUCUUGGGAAGGGAAUAUGGUAAAUUUGAUAAAAUUAUUGAUAAUUUAUAUCUUGGAAGUUAUGCAAAUGCACAUAAUAAAAAUUAUCUACAAAAAAUGGGAGUUACUCAUAUAUUAACAAUUGGACCAUUACAACCAAUAUUUCCAGAGUUAUUUAUUUAUAAACAAAUUAAUAUUGAUGAUAGUGUAAAAGAGGAUAUUAGUAUUUAUUUUGAAGAAUGUUUUCAAUUUAUUGAACAGGCAAGAAAUAAUGGAGGUGCAGUAUUAGUUCAUUGUGCAGCUGGAAUUUCAAGAAGUGCAAGUAUUGUUAUUGCUUAUUUAAUGAAAAAAAAUCAAUGGACCUAUGAAUAUAGUUAUAAAUAUGUUUUAGAACGUAGACCAAUCAUUUGUCCUAAUAGUUCUUUUAUGAAACAAUUAAAAGAAUAUGAAGAAAAAAUACAAAUAAGAACAUGCAAUAUAAUAUAA